CACAAGGUCAUUAAGCGGGGACAGUAAAGAAGCCAGGCUCUUGGUCAGUCAACUGUGUGGUAUAUGUUUCAGACUUUUGUGUCAACUGGAGCAACAACCUUGUUGGUACCACGUUUUCGUCAGCAACUCAAUCAAAAAUCUAACGAAAACUGAACGGGUCGCCACUCUACAUAAUGAAUGUUAGUUUAAGACCCGACCAUUCACUUCUCGACCCGAAUUUUGAGUCUUACAAACUCAGUCUGCUUAAAAUACCUAUUUAUGAGGCAAGUAGUCAAAAUGGAGUUUACUGCAAACCUCUCAACGAAGUUACUUCUAAACAACAUCUCAAAGCAUACAAUAAUAUUAACUGCCUGUGUGUUAAUCCAUUUGAUACCAGCUAUGUUUACUACAUGAGUACCGAUGGAUCUUUAGUGUCGAUGAAGGUACCACAGUAUCCACAAAACUUCAACCAAGGAACCAUUGUUUUCACACUUCCUGAUUGGUGUGAACCAUCUGAUGAAAAGUUUCGUAGUGUGUCGAUCCAGUUUCCUGCGCUAUAUUAUGUAUCUUUGUAUGAUGGUUUAGGUAAUCUAUAUCUCCUAAAGCCAGAUGUUCAACAAAGCAAUGAUUUACUCAACGUUGUUAGCAGGAUCCAACCUCCUGUACAUGAGAAAGAUAGUCAGCUAUUAGACUGUGUACUUAAUUCUGAUGACACUUCUCAUCAACUCUUUUUGGAUUGUUUAUUUGUUGGUAUUUCGAAAAAAUCUGAAGAAGAUCCCAUAUGUAGCGAUUCGAUUUCAACUUAUGUGACGUAUCUUGAAUGGAUCUCUUACAGCUCACCAGAGUCCAACAUGUCUUGGUCCAUAGUGCGGCACCAGAAAUUCCUUGCAUCUUCAUUUCCUGAGUUCGCUGCCUUCGAGGGUGAUUGUUCAGCACUGCAUAUUUGCUCAGAAAGAAAAUUUCAUGCUAUUUACGACUCCUGUAAUCCAUCUGUUCAUGAAAACUACCUUAAUAAAUAUUCUGAGUCUAAACAAAUGGAUACAGAGGAUACAUGUAUUGGACAGGAUCCCGAGUUUCUCGUAACUUGGACACAAACUGACGCCGAUGAAGAUAUCAAUCUUAGUUUGCUCAAUGUCAGUUUUACGCUAAAUGGUAUCACUCUCCCAUCUUCAUAUGAUUCGAAUAUUGUUUCUGUGGAAAUCAUUCCAAUCUCUGAAGAGUCAUCUAAACACCAGAUACUCCGCGCGAACCUGCACUCCUAUAUUCCAGUCACGAAAACUAAAAAAAUUAGUGACCGCCCUAUCAAACUGAUUGAUCAGAUGCUCUAUGAACCAGUAGAACCCAAUUCCUCGUGGACCUAUGAUCGAAAAAAUAACCGCAUUGAAAUACGCAUGACUAAACAGAAUUCCCAUUAUUGGCCCCGUUUGUUACUCGAUCCACAUGAAGAUAAAAUAUUAACUGGAAUGCACUGCUCACAUCACACUGAUCUGGAUGAUCAAAUGCGUGUACAAUCAGAUGGAAAGGCUGAUUUGACACCGAAACCGCCUUUCAAUGUUGGCCAGCUAGAAGAAGUUGAUUUCCCAAUGAGUGAAGAUGAAACUGAUCUUUUAUUACAAAGGUUCGACCAUGAAACUCUCAAGUGUACUCAUCAGGUAUGUGUGGGGAUUUAUUUGCCUCAUCAAAAUCUAGAGUGGUGGUUGAGUGCCCGACUCAUGGCCAUUCAAGCUACAAGCCCCUAUUUACUUCGACUCAAAAACCCUGUUAGUGUGACCAACCCUCUCAUAAAAGUAUGGUUCGAUGCGCGGGUACACAAAUCUAUGGGCUAGCCUAUUUAUCAGGACACCAAUGGUUGUUCAAAAUUCGUUGUGCUACGGGGAAACCAAAUGCUACUCACGCUUUCUGCAUCCGUCAUGAUGUAGAUGGGAUAGUUUGGUUACCACUAUGCCAGAAUACACUGACAGGAAGAGACCCAUGUGUAUGGAGACAUGUCUCAACUUUGCAAGCAUUUGGCUACGUUCUCGCCAGUAAACGUGAAAGUAGGUUUGUUUCUAGUCCAGUUUUAUCGGACGGAUCUCCACUAAAAUUUGUGGCAGUUGCAGACUUGACAAGGAGAAUCUACAUAUAUUGUCAGCCCCUAUCAAAUGAUUCUAAGGAUACAGAACUCCGGAGACGCACAACAGCUAACUCAUCUUCAGCAAAAAAGCAACAGAUUGUACAUGUCGCAUCACAACACGUAGUUACCCUACCAACUAAUGACCCAAUAAUUGGAUUUGUUGCUACAGACAAACCCUAUCCAUCGGUUUUGGUAUGCACACAGUCUACAUUGUACUUGUUAUCACUUGAUGGAUGAAAGCAAAUUACAUGCGUUAUCAGUUGUAUUUUUGCCAUAGUAAAUUUUACAUAAGAUUGUUAACAACGUUUCUGUUUGCAAAUCGUACGCUUUUUGUAAUUUUCGUGUAUUGAGGAAAAGUCGGUAUAUUGUGUUG